AUGCCUUUUCGCAAUGCCGUCUCGGGUCACGCAGGGAUAAAAACCGCAUCUACACGCAAUGAAGGGCGGGCGUCGUCCAGCGGUUCGGUCUGCACCCGCACGAGAGGUGCAGUUUUGCGGAAACAAACAGGGAAGAAGAUCCAGCGGAAGUCGUCAACGUCGCCUUCCCCACCACCGCAGAAGCCACUUGAAAUGGACGGUGAUAACUUCAAUGGUGGAGCGCAGACGAAAGAGAAACGGCUGAAGAGUGUGCCAGAGCUGAACUCGCAUCUGCUGGAGGAGUGCUUUUCUCUCAAUGCGAGGGAGAACCAUUCACCGCCCAGGCUACUCCAAGCCCAGGACUUACGGGGUGAAAAGGCCAUGCAGACACAGUUGCAGAUAUCUCUUUCCCCACGAACCCGCAAGGCGGUCUAUCCCACCGGCCGACGAGCGGUCUCGCCGAAUGCCCUGUUUGUAGACAACAUCAAUAGUAAAGGAAACACGAGCCCUACCUCGCCCCUUUCUCGAACAUGGAAUGUUGGGGCAAUACCCUCAACUGAAUUCAGUGGAGCGAGUAGCUAUCAUGAUUCAUACAGGGAUAUUAGUCCAUCUGUAAGCAAGUAUCGUACAGCAGGACCUGUUGUAACAGAAGAAUGGUCUCGCAGUAUUGUACGGCCACAGGAUGAGCAUCUUUUGUACGAGGGUCACGUGUCAUGGAAGAAAAGACAUGAGGAACAAGUACGCCGUAUUCAGGUUGUAUGGCUGCGCGAACAGGCACGAAUGGCUUCUCGCCGUGACGAGGAACACGUGGGUGGUAUGAGACCGGUUGCAGCUACUGUGCCUUUGCUAUCCGUGAGUCGAGCGCGCAGUAUGAGACAGCAACAGUCGCAACAGCAACGCAUGUCGUCACAGGAAAGUGUGUCAUUGGAAAACGAAGACAUUGAGAGAGAGCGUACGGUAUGGAUGAAUGAGCGCCAUAUAUUAGCUCGAGGUACUCCCCUUUUGUUUACACGGCCACGGUCUCGACCUUUUGAAUCCAAUAGAAACAGUCAUAGUGAAUGGCAGAAAAACCGCAUAGAAAUGCCAAACAAACUUACUGCUAUGGCGACAUCGGGUGUGGGAUUUGAUGUGGAUGCCACGUCGUCAUUAAAACGUCAUUUUAACAGUAAUAUUAUGAUCACCUCCAUCCUACACCACCACAGCCUCAAUAGUUCUCAGAAUCUUUUACCUAAUGUUGCUGGUAACAGUGAUACGCAGUCCCCUUCUCUCUCCGCCAAGAACAAGCGGCCAGUGUUGCUCUCAGUGGACACGUUGCCACCGACUCAAAGAUCUGCCGGUGGCACAAGUGGCGGUGAAAAGAGGCUUAGUCAAGAUGAAGAUGCCAUCGCCAGGCCUCAAAUGAAUUUUACUUCAUCUUCUUUGUUUUCUGACGCGGCUGCACAGGAACUGAAGCGGCUUUUUGAUAACCCCUUUUUUCUCCUUUGCAGUGAUGAGAACCACGAACGAUUGCUUAUUGCUCAGGAAGAGCAUGAGACAAGGGAUCAAUUGAUGCAGCUGCACACCACUUCCAUUCAGAGGGGCCACUCUUUACUCACGACCGAAAAGACGCGUGAAGAAUCGAGGGCGCCGAGUAAACAUGAGUUUUCCGUGGGUGUCUUCAUUCCGCAAGGAAAUUCUACGCGCGGGUCUGCAGCCAUGCCUAGCGAGCCUGAUCCCAUGGGGAAUGCACGCAAGGGCAACAACCACAAGGGCAAAAACACUGUCCGUGAAGCCGCUAGAGAUAUCGCCGCCUCUCAUGUCUUUGCCUCAACCGUUAUGGAAGGGGAGCGAGAAAAUAAGCGUGAGGAAGGGGAGGCGCGGUAUGUCGUGUUGGACAUUCCAUCACGGAAAAAACCAGCAGUCUCUGGGAGGAUGAAUGAACAUUCACACCAUCGCCUUGCCGUAAUGGAAGAAGUUGUCGGACAUCGAUCCGCUGCGGACCCUGGCAAAGGUGAAGCCAGAGAAGAUGGGACGGCAGCAGCGACGAAAACUCGGAAGAAACACCAAGGGAGGAAGGAGACGCAAAAACCAAGGCGAAAAGCAGCCCCAUUGACAACAUCGCCCAGAAACACGGAGAUUCCCCAUAGUGGCAAGGAGACUGUGGACACUUUCUCACCAACACCAAAAACGCAACAACAGCAACAAGAGCAACAACAGCAGGAGCAGCAACAACAACAACAACAACGAGGAGAAGCAGUUGAGGCAGUGACUCUGGAAAAUUACCCGCCAGAGCAUAAGGAGCAACACCAACAAUUGCAACAUCCAAUGCUUCGCGUGAAUGCCUCCCCUGUUAUUUCACCCGUGAAGCUGAGUAGGUUGCCGGGGUCACCGUCGUCACCGCGGACGAGCAAGGGUGCCGAAAAUGGACGAGCAAGAGAUGCCGUGGGUGUGUGGGAUAUCACGUACCCGAGCACCGAGUCCUUGUCUCGGGCCUCGUCCGCAUCGCGUUCGCCGGUUCGCCAGUUGAUGCUAGAUGAGUCGAUGCCGAAGACCACGUUGGACUUGGAGUCGUUAAAUGCAAGUAUGAAGGGUUGUAUAAAAACUGCGGAUUCGGGUGUCGGUGGUGCCGCGGUCCAGACCAGUCCAAUGAAACGCAGUCAUCAUGUUCUUUCGACAGGGUCAACGGCGUCCAAGUCGUCGGAGACGGAGUUCUCUUAUCAAGAGGAUGAACAGGACGCAGAACUUCAAGAAUAUGUGCGUUUUGCAUUACGGGAGGAGGAGGGGAACCAGACGAAAUCCGGAAAAGGAGCUGAGGAAGACAUUGCAGGGCUUCCGGGUGUGUUGUGGCUCAAGCAACACCGACGCCUCCUCCCGGAAGGAAAGACCGAUAUGCAGUCUGUCCAAAAUACUCUGGAGAAUGUGGAAUCAGACAGAGAGAAGAAGAACGUCCGUGUUGGCACGGAUGUUGUGUUGGGUAGCGAUGAAGACGGCAUCAUUCAAUCGCUGGAGGAGAUUGGCCACUACGCACUGAAUGUGAAGUCUGUUCUUACAGCCUUUGGCAAUCUAUGGCAAGCCCCAUUUCAAGACACCAAUCAGCGAGAUAAGUUGCCGCCCACCGUACAAGCACAAUUGCUGUUUCUUAAUCAAUGGCCAAAUGAAGAUAAGAAGGAUGCCGAUGACGUUAGCGAUGGGGAGAGUGAUAGCAAGAAUGGCUGCAGCAAAAGUCAAAACGGUAGGCCCCUCUCUGUUGGUGCAGAGGAAUAG